CACCAAGUAAAUUCAUCUAACCAACAUCUCAUCAUUCACUAAAAAAAAUAAUCACCAGUUAUUAUUUAUAAAUAAUGUUAAUUAACAUUUUAUUAUUUUGAAUUAAUUUAUGAAGAAUCAUGCAAGAGGCUAUUUGUGCUGAUGAUAUUGAACCAUUUGAUGGUGGGACAUUUAUUCCAGUGGAGUUUCUUUACUGUGACAAUUCGCAGAAAUUAGUAGCAAAACAAACUCAAUCUCAAGAUGCAUCUUCCAUAGUACAAUUAGGACAACUUUUACUAAGUCAUGCUGCUGCUGGUAAUACUGAGACGAUACGAUGUCUUAUGCGACGUGGUGCUCCAUUUACAACAGACACUCUAGGAACAAGUGCACUACAUUUAGCUGCCCAGAGUAAUCAUUUAGAAACGGCUGAAGUUUUAUUGAAAGCUGGAAUUUCACGAGAUGCCAGAACUAAAGUUGACAGAACACCUUUGCACAUGGCUGCGUAUGAGGGCCAUCAUGAAAUGGUUCAAUUACUGAUCAAUUAUGGUGCUGAUGUCAAUUGCCGAGAUAUGUUAAAAAUGACACCACUCCACUGGGCGGUAGAACAAGGACACCAGGAUGUUAUCCAAUUACUUUUAGAAAAUGGAGCAGAUCCAAAUGCUCUGAGUAAAUUUCAAAAAACUCCAGUUAGUCUUGCAUACGAACGCGGUAGAAUCGAUUUUGUAAGUUUGCUUCAACAAAAACGUGACUUUAUCAACGUACAGCCUCACCCGAGUCCUGUUAAUACGGAUACUGUGCAAGCUGCUCACAGUAUCGUAAAAAUGGAAGUCAAAGAGCAAGAAGAUAAUGAACAGCAGCAGCAGUAUGACAUUCAUCAACCAUUUGAUUCACAAUCACGUAAAAUUCCUUCAGUUCAGUCACCCAAGAAACAAAAAAUGGUCUUCCAACAAAUCCACGUUACUCCUGCUAGUGAUGAAGAGGAAGACAAAGAAGCUGAAAUAGACGAGCGUAUAAAUAGUAUUGAAAAUAGUACUUUUAAAAAGCACAAAGAUUUAAAUGCUUUUGGUAACAUUGAGCAGCCAUUGCAGUGGCUUCAAACUCAUGGCAUAACAAUGAUACCCGUUGAUAAUGACUCGAGUAUUGUGGAAAAUGCUAUGGAGAGUGGCCGGACCGUUGUAUUGACGGAAGCCGGUAAAUUAGCUUUGAAUUUAACAAGAACACAAUCUCUGGGCCUCAAGAGGAUACACGUUAAUUCAAAAAAAAAUACUCCACGUAAAGUGAUAGCGAUAAGAGCUGAUCAAUUGACAUCUCCAUUGACAUCCAGAGGGCCGAAUAUUUUAAAAAGAAGUAGUGAAAAUAAACCUGGUAAAAUUUAUCUCGCGCCUGUCACUAACAAUAUAUCAGUAAAAACUGAUAGAAAUUCAAUAUCUAAAAUGUAUAAUAAGAAAAAUCCAAUACCAGUGGGUAAAAUGGAAGAAAUAGAAGAGCCAGUAAAUCCAGUUGUCUUUCAGCUAGAUGAUGAUAUCGAGGAAAUAACAGAAGCCGUUAAUCCUAACGAUAAUGGCAUAGAAUUAUUGACAGACGUUGCGACGUUAAAUAAAAAAUUAAUCGAAACUCGGAGACAAGCCGCCGAAUAUCAAAAGCAAUUUGAACUUAAAGCUGAGGAGGCGAAAAUUCUCCAGCAACAACUGCAGGAAAUUAUGGCCGCCAAUUCAGCAAAGUGAUUUUAUUAUUAAGUGUUAAUUAUUAUCGAUUAUAAUAAUUAAUAUUAUUAAUACAUAGGGUAAAAAAAUAUAUUUUAAUAUGGAAAGAAAGUUUUUGAAAACUGCCGAAUUGAGAUAGAGAGCUGAAGAAAUUAUUAAAUUUUGUUGUUCCGAUAUUUGUUUAAUCUAUUGAUGUAAAUAUAAUAAUUAGGAUAAUUAAGUGAUUUAUGAUUACGAAUCAUCAUAAGGUCCGUAAAAAUUAAUUUUAAAUAAAUUUAUAAAUUUUAUGUUUAAAUAAUGCGCCUGCUACUGAAUUAAUGUAAUCACAGCUUCGCAUCUACAGAGUGCCAACAAUUAUUUUUUACUUAAAAAAAAAAAAAUAAUUACAAUCAUAAAUAUCCGUCUGUCAUUAAAAAAAUUUUUCUACAGCUUAAAUAUUUUUAAUUUAAUUAAAAUAAUAAUAAUUACAUGCUUAAAUUAAAUAUCUAAAUAUGAACAUUUUAAUUUUGU